ACCUAGUAUCUGCGAAAAAAACAGUUCGUCGUCGGUCGAUGCAACUGUUUAAAUUUGAUCGCGAUCCCAAUCAACCGACUCAGUCUUCGCUUGUCGGGUAAUCCGGUGGGAUGUGGUUCUACUACGGCGUUAUCCUCUAUUGAGUAGAGCUUUAUCAAUCUGUAUAGUCAUAUACUAGGAGUUAAGAGGCUCUCACUCGCUUUUAUUGUGCCAUUGUAUGGUUUCAACCGUUUUUAAACCAUUUAAGAAAAAAAAACAGUUUAUUCUGCAGUCUUUUGAGAAGAAAUCAAGUCUGGCGUGUAUAUAGGCUUUAUAUAACAAAAGUGAUACGAAUAACUAUUGCCAGCUGGUGCUGGUGCAUUCAUUGUGUGAUAAAGGUGCAGUAUUUAUUGAUUUAACUACGGGUUAGAGGAAAGUGAACGACUAAGAUUCUACUACAAUCGACAGCUUCCUCCAAAAAACUCAUAAGUGAGUGAGAGUUAUUGGAGGCAAGCUUAUACCUAUUCCUUCAAAGUGUCAAAAUGAUAAUAUUAUUUUGUUACAGGAACCCUCGAAAGAAAAAACUAAUCGCGGCCAUUACAGUUGCGUUAUUACUAGUUAUCGCACUAAUCGGAGGUGUGUGCUAUAGUGUUAUAACACCCGAAGCUCUUCGCGAUCACCAUUUUGGUGCUGUUGUUGCGAACGGUCACGAAUGUGCCGCUAUUGGAGCAAACAUAUUGCGUGCAGAAGGAUCAGCCGCUGAUUCCGCCAUUGCUACACUUUUCUGCGAAGGUGUAACAUGCCCACAGAGUAUGGGCAUUGGAGGUGGUUUCCUGCUAACUCUAUACGAUCACGGCAAUCGCGAAGCUGUAACUCUGAAUGCUAGGGAAACAGCCCCGGCUGCUGCUUCUAGGGAAAUGUUUGUCCAAACAAAUAAUACUAUACGAGAUAAGCGAGGUCUUGUAAUAGCAAUUCCCGGAGAACUUAAAGGUUAUUGGGAAUUGCAUCAACGUUACGGAAAGUUAGCUUGGGCAACACUCGUCCAACCAACAAUUGAAUUAUGUCGAAAAGGUCACAUGGUUACUGGUUACUUAGAUCGAAUAUUGCAAAGAACCCAAAAAGCAAUUUUUACUGAACCAUCACUGAGAGAAAUUUUCAUUAACCCGAAAACUAACAAAACAUGGAAGGAAGGAGAAUUUAUUAAGCGUCUGGCAUUAGCAGACAGUUUGGAAAUCAUCGCCCGUGAAGGUGUUCAUGCUUUAUAUAGUAAAAAUGGUACCCUAUUGCCUCAACUUAUGAAAGAUCUGAAAAGUUUUGAUAGCAUCUUGACCGAAGACGACUUUUACAACUACGAGCCAAAAUGGGAGACAGCAUCAACUUUGGACAUUCGCGGUGGAAAUCAAGUGCACUCUUUUCCUCUUCCUGGAAGCGGUCCUUUAGUUAACUUCAUGCUUAAUAUUCUGGAUGGCUAUGAGGAUUUAUAUGCCGAAAAUCCUUUAACAUGGCACCGAAUAGUCGAAAGCUUCAAAUUUGGCUAUGGUUUACGAACUCGUGCUGGUGAUCCCAACUUUAUCAAUGAAUUCGGCGAUUUACAACAAAAUUUAACUAGUCCAAGAUUUGCCUCUUAUGUUCGUAGUAAAAUUGUAGAUAAUCAAACCUUUUCUGACUACGUACACUAUGGCGCAGAAUAUGCUAAUAUAGAAGACCAGGGAACAGCACAUGUGUCGAUUCUAGCACCUAAUGGUGAUGCCGUAUCUGCCACUGGCACUAUCAAUUAUCUACUAGGAGCGAAAAUACGAUCGCGCUCUACAGGGAUAAUCCUCAAUGACGAAAUGGAUGAUUUCUCCUCACCUGGUGGCGCUAAUACGUAUGGCUUGCCACCAUCCCCAGCAAACUACAUCGUUCCAGGAAAGCGACCCUUGUCUUCAAUGGCUCCUACAAUUGUCACUAACAAUCAAACUGGAGUGCGAAUGGUUGUAGGUGGAGCUGGUGGAUCACGUAUUACCAGCGCAAUUGUGACGCUACUCAUGAGAUAUUUUUUCUUCAAUGAAGAUCUUGAAAGUACCAUGUCAUCAAAACGGCUUCAUCAUCAACUGGCGCCAAUGUUCGUAGACUACGAGCCCGGUUUUGAUGAGACAAUCCUGCAGGCGCUGCGACAGCGAGGCCAUGUUGUAAAAGAGAAAGGUUCGGACGCUGGGUUCGCUGCUGCGACAGCUAUUGUGAAGGACUCGUCUCAUAAGGUAUCAAUGGCGUUCGACCCUCGAAGAGGCGGCAGCGCUGAAAUGGUUUUUUAAUUCUACACAAGUUUGAGUCGUAACCCUGACAGAAAGAUAAUAUAGUUGACUUCUAAUAUAUAGCAUUCAUAUAUAAAUAGAAAAUCUCCAAUGCUUUAGAGAAAAGAACUUUUUUUACUUUCUAAUCAAAAUUACUAAAGUAUAAUUCUGCGUUAUUUUGAUCAUGUCUAAAUGUAAAACUAGGGAAUUUUCAAAUUGAGCACUCUCAGCAUUUUAUCGCUCAUGAGGAAUCACGCACGGAAUCAACCAAACGAAAAAGAAUUCAAAUAAACAUUGUGUUAAACACAAAUAGUCGUAAAAAUUAUAAAAAAAUGGUGGCAAUAUAGUUUCUACUAACCGUUUAUGUAAAAAAGCUGGUGGUCAUAUUAGGGAUGGGAAAACUAUCAGUAACUACUGAUAGUUAUCAGUAAGAAAUAGUAGGAGGGUGGUAUUCAAGACACGACCGCAUGACGUUGACUACCGUAUUCUUAUAUUCCAUUGAACCAAACUUGAAUUGAACCAAAACUUCUGUAACAAAAUUUCGAGGCACCAAAAGGUGCCAGUUGCCGAUUAUUCUCGUUUACUGGUUAGUCCGUCCAUAAUUCCAGCCAUUUUAGUAUUUUGCAGUAGCCAUUUAUUACCAACAGCCACCAGCAUAACGGGUGGAACCGGCACGAGAUGACCGGUACUAUUUUGUCUUUCCUCCUUUUUUUUCCGCUAGCAGCAGCAUUUGGUAUAACAGAAAAUUCAACUAGCCGCUUCUGUACCAAAAUUUCGAGGCACCAAAAGGUGCCAGUUGUCGAUUAUAUUGUUGUUUUUUGGUUAGUCCGUCCAGAAUUCCAGCCAUUUUAGUAUUUUGCAGUAGCUAUUUAUUACCAACAGCCACCAGCAUAACGGGAGAAAUCGGCACGAGAUGACCGGUACUGUUUUGUUUUUCCUCUUUUCAGCUGCUAACACCUGACGCUGUCGUGAAAUUAACAUCAACACAAACAUGCAUUUUUGCAAGGUUUUUCUCCGCUAGCAGCAGCAAUUGUAAAACAUAAAAUUCAAUUAACCGCUUCUAUUAUAAAACUACGAGGCACCAAAAGGUGCCAGUUGCCGAUUUCUUGUUUACUGGUUUCCGUCCAGAAUUCCAGCCAUUUUAGUAUUUUGCAGUAGCCACCAGCAUUACGGGUGAAACCGGCACGAGAUGACCGGUACUAUUUUGUUUUUCCUCCCUUCAGCUGCUAACACCGAGCGUCCGUAUGUAUCCGGUACGGUUUAAUAAUGAAACUGAUGGGGUGAAAUGUUCGAACGAUAUGUUUUAUACCAAGUUUCGUCAGAUAAUUAGAAAGAAGGAGGGGCUACAUAGAUGAUGGAAUGGUAGAGAAAAAUGUUUCUUGAAGGCUGCGCCGGCCGCUGUCGUAAUAUUAACACCAACACAAACAUGCAUUCUUACAAGGUUUUUUCCGCUAGCAGCAGCAUUUGGUAAAACAGAAAAUUCAACUAGCCGCUUCUGUACCAAAAUUUCGAGGCACCAAAAGGUGCCAGUUGCCGAUUAUAGUUUCCUGGUUAGCCCGUCCAGAAUUCCAGCCAUUCAAGUGUUUUGCAGUAGCCAUUGACUACUAAAGCCACCAGCAUUACGGGUGAAACCGGCACGAGAUGAGCGGUACACUUUUGUAUUUCCGCCUUUCAGCUGCUAUCACCUAGCGUCCGCAUGUCACUGGUGCGGUUUUGGAAUCAGAAUGAUGGGGCACCGGCCGCUGUCGUAAAAUUAACACCAACAAAAAGAUGCAUAUUUGCAAGGUUUUUUCCGCUAGCAGCAGCAUAAACAUCGGAAUCAGAAAAUGACAACAACAAUAACAACAAAGUCAGAUCGAUUGUAUCCGUUAGUGUCGACUGUGCUUGGGAAGAGAGGUAGUGAUUGGCUGCGCGGUAUGAUUUAGACAAUCGAUAUUAAUUACCAAUUUUUCAAUAGUGUAUCUCCAACAAUAGUUUGUUUUUGUUACAUAAAUUUAACCGUAGAAGAAUUUCUGAUCGAUUGAUGCCAAAACCUCGAAAACCUGAUUAUAGAUGACUGCAAAAUAAGCGCUCAAAACCUGACCACUUUUCUCUGGUUUUCCCUGGUUGAAUUACUAGAUUUUCAAAUUCAGGGGCCUAACUUCGAUAUAGAUGUUAGUCAACGUCAAAAAUAUCAUUAACUAUCAGUAAAGUUUUUCCCUUUUGUCUGAUUUUUUUCCGAGAGUCUCUACAGUCAUAUGAUUUUCACAUAAAAUCAAUUUUUCACAGUCAAAUCUAGAACGAUCACGAUUUUUCGAGUUUAGACCACUGUGCACUGUGGGAUUUUCAAAUCAAUCUUUUCACCAAUUGUUAAUGUCUUGAAAUGUAACCCUUGGAAUGUGUAGAAACUAUUUUGGAAGUUAUUUCAUAAAAUGGUGGUUGAAAUACGUGCUUUACAAUAAGUAGUUAGUUGUUUUUUAUCACUUUUUUGUACUUUACGACCUUCAAAAGGGCAUAACUCAAAAAUGUACCGUACGAAGAUUUUGAAAUUUUGACCAAAGAUUCUGGACGACAUAACGAAUCGAAUGGUGUACUCAGAUUCUUUGGUACAUUUUUUUACAAUAACGGUCUGUGGGAGCACCGUGCAGCCUAGCUGAUUUAGUAUUGAGUAGAGCUAGAUGUGUGAAUCUAUUCUGCGUGCUGACCUUACUAAGCCACAUUUUCAAUCACCGUAUUACUGAAAAGCUUCUCUCCGCAGGUUGAGAAGUAUGCAAUGGACCUGGUCUUUUGGCCAAACAACCGCCCCUCUCCCCUCCUCCUUGCGACUUUAACCACGUGGCCUUUUCAUUUUUCAAGUGCCAAAAUUUCACUUAAAUUUUUACAUUUUUAUUAUUGAACUUUCAGUACAUUCUAUAUUUCUAAAAUGCAAAAGCUUCAUUCUUGACAAACAAGAAAUUAUAAGUCAGGAAAAAAGACUACGUGGUCAUUUCGUUAACCCCCCCACCUCCCUGCGUGGUCUUUUGACAAACCCCCCGUCACAUUUUUUAUGACCACGUGGUUUAGGAACGGCCCCUAUGUAGAAUACAACCUUUCUGUGAAAAAUUCUGAGUAGGGGUUAAGAAAAUUUCUUGUGUGAGAUGGGAGCUCUCUUUGCGGCAUUCGAAAACUCUUGUGUCCGAAAGCGAAAUAAUACAAUUUUUGGCGAUUGACUAACUUGGAUGAACAAUACAGUAAGAAUCUUAAAUGAUAGUUCCCAUCACUAUGCCACUGCCCAAAAUCCGGGCAAAAACGAUCAUGGCUGCAGAAACUGGUGUCAAUAUAGUUGCCACUAGAGAUACUCAGAGAGAGAGAGAUAAGCGAUGAAAAAAAUGCCAAUUUGGCAACGAGGUUUCACAUGUCAGAGAUGCCAGAUCUCUUGUCAAAGCGCAAAGUUAAUUACCUUUUUCAUUCGGCUCGUAUAACCGGUGGUGAAGAUGGAAGUCCUGGGAAAUAAUAAAGUGCAUCAGAAAAACCAUGAAGGUGUUAAAUUUUAUGUUGAUGUUUAAUUUUAUAUAAAUUAUGGUGAUGAUUGAUUAUUUUGUUGACUAUAUGAAAGGUUUGUUCAAUGUUUUGCAAUGGAACAUGAAGAGCGUGUGAAAAUAAAUAUAUCCUUCAUAGUACCUGA